UUUCAUUGGAAAGAAAUCUUGACUCGCGAAUCUGCCGCGAAUACAUGUCCAUCGCCCAGCACUCGCGAACAUUUUAUGCCGCGAAAUGUUUCUGUUCUACUGUUCUGUUCUUCUGUUCUGAUGAGUGGAUUUCACCCUGGUAGGACUACACCAUGAGACGCCUGUCGCUGACGUUACUGGUCCUGGCUUGCGCUCUCCUAGUGAGGAUUGAACCCAAUCCAACAGCAACAAUGAUCUGCCCCGGCUGCACGUUAGAAAAGCACUUCACCACUCAUCUCCAAGAAUGCGUUUCGCGAGUCGUUUGCAAGUGGAUCAUGGGUAGAGACAUCGCAACCGUUCUUAAGAAAGUUGAAGCCGGUAUAAAAGACCAUUUCGUCACUGAAUUUCACAUCGAACGGUGUCGUCUGCCCCAUGCCGAUCAAAACGAAGUCAAUCUAACCGUCGCUGUGCACAGAAUGCAGUCGGACACUUGGGGGAACCUGAAAGGACUUAAAAUCAAGGAUUGCAAAGUUAUUGGGAUAAAGUCGGACACAUUCGAUCUAAUGCCGAACUUGCGAUGGUUGUCCUUGAUCAAUACAAGCAUCACGUAUCUUCCGACUGAGAGCUUUAGUAACCUCACCAAUCUGGAGUCGCUAAAAUUGUCUCGGAACCUUCUUAGAAACCUGACUCUUGAGAUCGGAUCGCAGAACCUGAGUAUAAUAGAACUGCAAGCUUCCUCCCUGAACAUUUUCCAAAUCACUCCUACAGUCGGAACAUUGCAGCUUACGACAAUAAACGUGAAGGACAACAACUUGACCAGGAUCGGUGGACUCUCAGACCUGAUUGGGAAUGAUGCUUCGAUUCAAAUUGACGGUAACCCUUUUGACCUAUCUGGAAAACCCUUUGGUCUGCAAAAACAGAAUCUUUCUUUCCUCUCCGUGUCAAUUUGGAAAGAAGACGACAUCAAUAACCUGAGUAACGCUGUUGGACAUUUCAGAAACAUUAAUACGCUGAGUGUGAUGAACGCAAGUCUACCUGAUAACAGCAAUUUCACUUUUCAGAAGUUUGAAAAUAUGACCAUUACAACUCUUGAGGUGCGCCGGUUCUCAAACUGGUGGCGACAGGAAAAAGAAAACCAAACAAAUCCGUACACUUAUUUGAAAAACAUAGAGGAGCUCCGCCUUCGGGAUUGUGACCGGCCCAGGUACUACUCGAAUGAUAACAAAGAACGGCGUUUUCUACCUGCCUUAAUGCCUUCAUUGCGGUCAUUAAGUGUUAAUCGUGCAAAUUUCGAUUCCAUGAAAAUAAACGAGCCUCGGUGGGUGGAGAUACUGGACCUUUCUCAUGGUGUAUCUUCGAAGAUAAACUACACCUUCAAAGAUAACAGUACAAUCAAGGUGCUUAACUUCUCCUGUACGAAUUUUGAAAUCAAACUUUACAAGAGUGGUCCGUCGGAAAUAACAGAGCUAAUACUGAGGAAUAUAUCACUUAUACAGAACGCAGUCAAGCCGAAUGAAACAAUUUGGCUGGCUCCACUUCCCAAGCUACGUCAUAUAGACCUGAGUGCUAACAGCGACAGUUACUUCCCAUACCUUCCCUUCUUCAUAUUGAUAUUCAAUGUUAGGGAGGCAUUCGUUGGCCUGGAAAAGCUUGAACAACUUGAACUGAAUGAUACCGACAUUGGCGAGAUCGAUACGGAGGACAUGAAGUCCGUUUUUCAUCCUCUAAAAGGGUUGAAGAGGCUCGACCUGGACAAAAGCAGAUUCUCCAACAUUCCAGAUGGCAUGUUCAUGAACCAAGUCAACCUCGUGGAGUUACAUUUGGCAGAUAAUAAGCUUCGAGCUAUCGAUCAUUCCGUCUUCCGAACACUACUUCGUCUCAAACAAUUAGAUCUACGAAACAACAGACUCGGGUUCAUUUCCGGGGAGGUUAUGGCACGUCUACCAUCUCUUCAACACGGAACAUUUUUUUUCACAGGAAACAAUUUUGGAUGUCACUGUGAUCUUGCAGAAUUUACACGGUGGCUAAAGAAGAACGAUUUUCGUCGUGAAAAUCAGUGCGAAUUGUACAACGAGAAAUGUGUCGUUCCCCCAUCCAUGAAGGACACGUCGAUUCUAGAUUACCAACCUACUUGGCUGGGCUGCGACAACAACCUCCUCAUACUGACGGUAUCCUCGGCUUUUAGUUUCUUUCUGAUUCUCUCCACGUCUGUAGCCAUUCAUGCCUAUCGCCGCCGCCUGUCCAUCCGCUACUGGUUCGUUGUACAGAAAAUGAGACGAGCAAGACCUCACAAGAACACAGAAUAUGAAGCUCUCGACAAUAAUUCGGAUAUACCCUUUGAUGUUUUCGUGUGUUUUGAAAAGAACGACAGGUUCUGGGUGGAGAAGACGCUUCUCCCGAAACUAGAGAACUCUGAUGACAUCAGAUUCAGGGUUUGCACAGUCGAUCGCGAUCUGAACGAUCCCGGCAGACCAGAGGUCAUGAAUGUUGCAAGAGGGAUUAGGAACAGCCGUAAUGUCAUCUUUGUUGUGACGAGGGAAUUGAUCCAGACUGCAUGGUGCGAGUACGAGAUCUGCUUGGCCGAGACCCAGAGCCUGCAAGAGGGCAACUGUCGGUUGAUCAUUAUCUUCUUGGAGAAAUUCACGUGGGAAGAGCUGCCCCUCUGCAUGAAACGUCUGCUGAGUCACGUGAACUUCCUGCGAUGGCCGGAAACUGCACACGAGCAGGAGGACUUUUGGCGUCGACUUCGUUUGGUCAUUCUGGGAGAGGAAAUGCAGUCGACAACAAAAGUUGUAUAUACCCAGUAUUAGCCAAGGCUAUCCACUUUUACCGGAGCCUAAACUUAAACAGUUGUUUACUACACCAAAUGGUUCUUCAUGGUGGCUAUAUAUGGUUAUCAGAGAAGUUAGAAAACACCCGAAUAGUCUUGAGUGACUUGUUGUGGCUUUGUGUUUAGGCACAUGUACAGAGGGAAAAUGAGAAGUAUAGCUCUUAACUCGACAAGCGAUUGGCCUGGCAACGACUCGCUACACCACUGGAUCAACGCACCUUUAGCUCUUGGUCAGUUGGAUUCCUUUGUCUUCAUCUUCCGAAAGGUUUGAUCCGUUCAAUUAUCAUGAGUCCGCUUGUCCCCAUCCUGGCCACUGAAACUGUCAGCUCUCGAUGAAAUGUUGAUACCAUUCGUGUCAGAGGAACCAUUCAUGUUAUUCUAGACCAAUAUCCACCACAUGUACUGUUAUUCCGGAUUGGUUUGAUACACCUGCAUGUAUUCACAAACAGUCGGUUGAAUCUCUGUUGAAGAAUCAUGUAUGUUGGUACAAUAAUGUAAUAAUGUAAAUGUUAAUGUGAAUUCCUCUUCUAUGAUAAAGAUAAAAGUGAGCUCCAUUUUCCAUGUUUCUGACGACAGAGAAUAUCUAUUGAGUGCCUCUACUAAUGAUUGAUGUUGGCGAUCGAGGAUCCUAUACAGCCUACGAGAAACACGCCCUGGCUAAUCUCCGAACAUAAUCAGAUCAUAUUGAUGACAUUAGCGUGUAUGGUUAGUUAGUCACUUUUAUAUAAAAUGAAAAGAUGGCACCAUUUACUUAUGAUUGGAGAUGGGAAGAAAUAAAUCGGUUCUCAUCUGUCCCGGUUGUCCGUUGGCCAUUAUUAGCAAAGCAAUGCUAAAUAUGCUAACUUAAUUGCAACUUUCUUCUAAGGGAGUAAAUGGUCGCGAAGGCUGUGGGAAGUACAAUAAGGGAUGAAGCUGAUGCUAUGUUGAAGGAGUUCCCUCACCCGAAAGUGUAAGUUUCUGCCUUGGAAGUCCGCUUCAGAACAUUAUCUUGACUAUACUCUA